AAAGACGGGUUCUCAUAGGGCUAUUGUUUAGUUGGACACGCCCUUUGGCCGUGUUUGGUUGAAGGCGUAGAUUUUUUUCGCCUGCCCGAAGCUCAUAGUGUAUCUACUUGGAGUGGCUGAUCGGAACAACCUAGCGAACUAAAGGUGUCCCUGUCUGGAUAACAUACCUGUACCUCCAUUCACCUAUCCAACGAUUAUAAAUAUCUAUCGUUCUACACGAUCUAUCUACACGAUCUAUCCCCACAUCUUUGUCCCAUUCAUUCCGCUCUCUUGGGACUCUAUUUGCAUCUGCGAGCGACAGUUUGAACAUCAAAUAACACAGAAAUAUGGAUAAAACGGAGCUGAUUCAGAAAGCCAAGCUGGCGGAGCAGGCUGAGCGUUACGACGACAUGGCUUCGUCCAUGAAGGAGGUAACUGAGAAGGGGGCAGAGCUGUCGUGUGAGGAGAGAAAUCUUCUAUCGGUUGCCUACAAGAACGUUGUCGGGGCCCGGAGGUCCGCAUGGCGGGUCAUCUCCGCCAUCGAGCAGAAGACAGAGGGCAGCGACAAGAAGCUUCAGAUGGUGAAGGAAUACCGGAAUAAGGUGGAGACCGAGUUGCGAGACAUCUGCAACGAUGUAUUGGGGCUGCUGAGCAAAUAUUUGAUUGAAAAUGCUCCCAAUGCGGAGAGCAAAGUGUUCUAUUUGAAGAUGAAGGGAGACUACUACAGAUACCUGGCUGAGGUGGCCUCCGCAGAUGACAAGAAGGAGACGAUAUCCAACUCUCAAGACUCGUACCAGGAGGCGUUUGACAUCAGCAAGAAGGAGAUGCAGCCCACCCACCCCAUCCGCCUGGGCCUGGCCCUCAACUUCUCUGUCUUCUUCUACGAGAUCCUCAACUCCCCAGAGAAGGCCUGCUCACUGGCCAAACAGGCCUUUGAUGACGCCAUCGCUGAGCUCGACACGCUGAGCGAAGACUCGUACAAAGACAGCACCCUCAUCAUGCAGCUGCUUAGGGACAACCUCACACUAUGGACGUCUGAUAAUGCAGCAGAUGAGCCAGAGACUGGAGAGGAAGGAGAGAACUGAGAUGCUCCCUGUCCUUCCUCGCCAAGAAAAAAGAGAAAGACCCCCCAAAAAUAUUUUACACUUCAUUCCUCAUUGUUCCACUUGAAAUGAUUCUAGUAAUGAGCGCCUGUCGUUACCAAGGAGCUGUCAGUGUAUGGCAAAUUUUAAAUCAUUUUCGUUUUCACCACGACUUUUCGGUAUGAAUAAAAACUAAAUUAAUUUAAAGUAAA